AUAUUUUUUUUUAUCAACGCGAAGACCAAUAUUUAAAGGGAAUAUGUAGAGUUUUGUUAUGGUUUUAAACACGAAAAAGAAAAUUAUGCUUGGCUAAAUUUUUUGUUUAUUUUACCUUCAAAAUGAUCGUCAGGAAUUUCAUUUGUAUCCCUGCAACACAAGAUUUCACUGUACGACUUCAUCGCUUUACAGUGACCACCGCAUUGGCACCAGUUAUUAUUGCCGAUCCUUGAAACUUCAUCUUCUUCCUUACACUCUCGGAACUACACGUUCCUAAUUUAUUCAGUUCUUUCAAAGAAAAUUCUGGUUCAAAAUUGAAGGGUCUGAGAGUGGAUAAAUCAGGUAUGUCAUCGUUUUCAUCUCUGUUAGAACUUGAAUCGCUUCGAAUUUGAUCCAUUGCUUACAAAACUAACACUGUAUUUUCAAAGAAGUAAUUUGUUACAGAUUUGAAAAGAAAUAUAGCAGGAAAGAAGUAGAUUCUUCUAGCAAAUUGUGUAGUAGUGAGGGCUGCUAUGUUCUGAUAUAAAGCUUCGUGUGCACAUGUGUGUUAAAAGUGAUUUUUUGAUUUAAAGUUGUUCCUUAGGUCCCAAAUUACCAAAAAAAUAUGGGUGGCAAAAUUUUUUGUCCCAUCGGACCAAAUUAGAUGACGUCAUCACUUUUACAGUCAGCAAAAAAAUAAUUUCACAUUUAUAUGUCAUAUUAUAUAUCGUUGGAAAGAGGAGAUCGAGUGGAUCAAAAAAAAUGUAAAAACCAUGUCUUCAAAACGUAACGUUCGAAAGAUAUUACUAUUCAAACUUUGUACAAAUUACAGACCAGUAAUUUACUGACCCAGCACAAAAAUGACUAUAACCUGCUCAAUAGCGAAGUUUUUUUGUUGAAUUUUAGUAUGGUAUUGGGUCACCCUAAUGUCUUUCUGUUUGAUCAAAAUUUAUUGUUCAAAUCACUUCAAGGGAUAAUUUACAGACCAGUAAUUUACAGGCCAAAGCACAUGUUUAGUUGUUUACUUUAGUUUUGAAAAGCAAGUAGCGAAUUUCACUUAGACAUUUUGUAUGUAUUAGUAUCAGUAUAAUAACAAGUUUUGUUUUAUAAUUGUUCGAUUUCAUAGACAUAGACAUAGAAUUCGAAUGUUCUAUUUCUAGAAAACAUUCUAUUGUUCAAUUUCAUAGCUAGACUGUUUAAUUUCGAAGUGUUAGUGAAGUGUAAUGUGAAGUUUAUAGUAUAGACAUACAUGCAUAAUAAUAAAAUGAAUAGACCGAAUUAAAAUGGAUGUUAACUGUGUAAAAACAAUAAAUGUGCUGGAUUUUGGGAAAUGUAUAGUUUGUCAGAAAGAUACAUUAAAAAAGGUACCGCCUUACUUAAACAUUUUUUCCCAUUCCUGUUCUGAGUUCUGAGAGUUUUGAGAGAAAGAUUUUUGUUUGAUACUUUGACCAAGAUGUCGUAUUUUGUUUAGAAUGUUGGCAACCCAAAAGAGCAGUAUUUGAAAAAGUUAUUAUCAUGUCUGGAGGAAAGAGUUAGUUGUGGUGAUUCGAAGUAUCUAGAUUGUUGGGAAAAACUGAAGUCAUAUGAUAUUGUACAGCUUGUUGAAGGAAAGUCUUCAUACCAUUCUGAUUGUUACAAAAUGGCCACAAAUAAAACAGAGAUAGACAGGUUAAAGAAACGGCCAGUAUCAAAGAUCUUGGAAAAUCUAUGAAAAAGAGAGUAGGGGAUAAAGUUAUAGAACUCAAAGAGGAAAAAACGCUACUAUCAAGAUUUUUAAUCACUGCACGGAAACGUCCCGAGUCGGAUUUGGAGCACUGUAUUGGCAACUUUGAGUUUUCUGUUGUACCAAAGGCCUUGUUCAGUGCUGAUGGAAUUCCAUUGGCUUGUUUAGACAAAUCAAAAUUGAUUCACGGUAUAGAGGAAUUAGCCAGCAAAGAACAAACGACCAAUGGUUUAUCUGGAGAAGUCAAAACAAACAAAGUAAUCAUUAUAGAUGGAAUGGCUGUUGUGAAUCAAACACCAAAAACACCGGCAGUUAAAACAUGCAAGGAUUUCGCAUCAGCUUUCACAGAACGUGUACUACAAAUUUCAAGAGGAUGUGAUGAAAUACGAUUGGUAUUUGAUCGCUAUAUAGAAAACUCCUUGAAAGCACGGACAAGAAAGCAUCGUACAUCUGGUAAUGAAGUUCGAUACAAAGUGUCAGACAACACCAAUAUUUCAUCCAUUAGUCUCAAGCAAUUUCUUUCCCACAUUGAUACAAAGCAAGCUUUAACCAUCUACCUGGCAAAGAAAGUGAUGGAGGCUCUUUCAUCAUUGCAUAUUCGGUAUAUAGUGACUUAUGAUACUAAAAUGGAAUCAAAUUUUGUUGAUUGCAGAAUACACGACCACGAAGAAGCUGACACAGCACUUAUAUAUAAUGCUAUGGAUGGUGCACAACAAUCUCCUUUCACCAGUUGUAUUGUUUACUCUCCGGAUUCUGACGUGUUUCUACUGCUAAUUUACUACUAUGAGAUGUUACCAAUAAAUACCAUUUUUAGAACAGGGCGAGGUUCUACUCUACCUGAUAUUGAUAUUCGUAAUUGCUUUGAAGCCCUUGGUGCAGUACACGCGAAAGCUAUUCUUGGUUUUCAUACGUUCACAGGGUGUGACCAAACUGGGCGUUUCAACAAGAAAUCGAAGUCUGCUUGGCUGAAGAUUUUUUUACAGGCAGAUAAUGAGGUGGUUCUGGCAUUAUCGACACUUGGAGUACUUCCUAAUCUGGAAACACUGGAAAGCUUAGAACGUUUCGUGGUUUCAAUGUAUAAGGGGAAUAAAUGUCCUGCAGACGUGGUAUCACUAUCUCAAUUGCGUUGGCAUUUAUUCUCCAAAUUCCAGUGUGAUGCUGAUAUGUUGCCACCAACAUUAGCUGCAUUGAAGUACAAAAUAUUCAGGUGUCACUUCAUUUCAAUGGUUUUACGAAGCUCGCAUAUCCUCAUUCAACAACUUCCGAAUGCAAUCAAUUAUGGUUGGGAUACAGAUGAAGUCGGUAACUUAUCCCCCAUAAUGACUGAUGAACUUCCUGCACCGUUGGCACUCAUCGAGUUAAGUUCUUGUAACUGCAAAACAAGUUGCAUAUCCAACCGAUGUAAAUGCCGUAAAAAUGGUUUUUUGUGCACUGACAUGUGUAAAUGUACGACGUGUCAAAACAGUGGUGGCGCAAGCGAUGAAUCCGAGUCAGAUGAAUAUAGUUCUAGUGAUGAUGAGUGAAUGAAACAUUGUACAAGCAUUGCUGAAGUUGUUUUUUGUCAUUAUUUUCAGCAAUUUUUUUAACUUUGUGAAAUUGCCAGAAAGAAAGUAAACAACUAAACACGUGCUUUGGUCUGUAAAUUACUGGUCUGUAAAUUAUCCCUUGAAGUGAUUUGAACAAUAAAUUUUGAUCAAACAGAAAGACAUUAGGGUGACCCAAUACCAUACUAAAAUUCAACAAAAAAACUUCGCUAUUGAGCAGGUUAUAGUCAUUUUUGUGCUGGGUCAGUAAAUUACCGGUCUGUAAUUUGUACAAAGUUUAAAUAGUAAUAUCAUUCGA